UGCCGCACCACGCGCAUCUCACGUUGCUCUUAUAAAGGAGUGAUUCGUCCCACCUCAGCCAAACCCUUCCACCCACGGCCCCUGAUGCAAUCAACAAAAUUCCACUCUUGAACAAGGCCCCUUUCUCAUCCGUCCUCGAGCGCCAUUUCCUGACCUUGCACCAUAUUUCAGACUCCAGUCUCUGUUGUCGCCAAGCCGUUUUGUGCUUUGCCUGCGGGUUUCCCAACGGUUGCAUCUGCACGCAAAGACGAGUGGAGAUAACUACUGUCGCAAUUGCGCGGAGCCCUUAUCGUCGGAUUUUUCCCUCGUGUUUUGUUUCCUUGUUCUGUCUCUUCAGCCUCCGCCAAGCCAGCCGCCUAAGAACCUACUUCCCCUUACCUUCGUCCCAACCUACUUCGACCGGCCAAUUCUUGAGCAGAUCCCAUCUGCUGACCAGCGCUCCCGCCGCCCACUCCCUUUGAGGCCCGUCGCCCUCCCCUACCCUCGAUACCGGCAAUCACAUCGAGCCUAGGCCGUCAACCAUUGGCUCGGUGCGCCGUGUGCCCCCUAGACCGGGUCCUCAGCACGAUCCAAGCUCGUCUCGAUACAGUCGUCAAGUUGGCGGUCACUACUGCGCCUCGGCCUUCUCUCUCCACUUCACUCCUUAGCCCCAAGUUCUGGGCCUACAGCGGAGUGAACCGGAAGCCUCCCUAACUGGAAGCAGGCCAGACGAUCCCACGCCACUCCUCUCAAUCUCGAUCACUUGGCAGCCGCGCCUUGCCCGAGCCGUUGCGCCUCGCCAACGUCUCCGAAGUCUGAGGCACCAUCACGCUGGCUUCACGCUCCGAUACCCUCCGCUGCGGACGGCAUCUCGCCGCCCGCUGCCGUCCGCUCAUGGUUGUCCCCUAAGCAGUCACAGCGUCCAGUAUGCGAAGCGCAGCGUAGAACCGGUUGUAAGACCAGCUCCCCCCUUCGACAGCUUCCGAUCCAGCCCCAAGGCCAAGACACCGGGCUCUACGAUCCCAGCGACUAGAUCCGAUUUGGUCCUAUAUAUCCGGCCGACGAUUAGCCCAGCCAGCCACAGAGAGGCGCAUUUGCGACAGAGCCAAGAUGUCCGACCACGAAGACACCACGCUCAACUCGGGCUAUUCUACCCCAGUGCCAGAGCUCGACGACCAUCGCCACCAGAGCGCCACGACUCAUCGCUCUGAUCGCCCGCGCCGAGGCACCUUUGACUCGCUGUACGGAGCGCGCAACCUCGAGCUCGACACUAGCCAAGCCACCACCACAAUCUCUCCUGUCAUCCGAGUUCGUGACUUUGAGGAGGCUGUUGUUGAUGAAGAUGGGGCUGAUGUUUCGCCCACGGCGCACCGAACGCGGCGCCCGACCGUGACGUCGGAUAGGUCCGUGUCCCCUCCCAACUCAGUCAAGGCAUUUGCCGAGGCUCGCAGGCGGGAGAGGGGCAUGUCCAUCUCCGAGUCUCGUCAAGCAGAGAGGAGGGAUGAAAACGAGCUCCUCCGCACCGUUUCUUCCGCCAGUCGUCAAAGCCUCCGAAGCCGCCCCCACACGGCCGCUGAGGCGGAUGAGACAGCGAGCUUGAAGACAACCAAGUCUGCGGAGGAGGAUGUUUGCUUUCCUGUGCAGGACGAUCACGCCGGAGACCGACUGCAUAUCGACUUUGAUUUCCUCGAGAGCUUCAUCGCCGCCGAGGACGAAGCCCAAGCCCAAGCCGCGGCCGAGCUUCGUCCUUCUCUCAAAAUCUUCACUGAUCUGCGUCCCUCUUCUGUCGUCGCCGCCUCACCAAUGGUGACUUCUGGUGGGGAUUUCGUCGGCAUUCCGACCUCGACCGACGAGAAGGAGGAGGUGACCGAGGAUGUCAAGGAGCCCGUCAAGCCCGCGGCACCCGCCAACCGCUUCAACUUUUUCUCCUCGGCAUGGGAGUCGACAAUCCACGCCCCGUACUUUGGGGACCUUGUGCUCCCUGGCGAGGACAUCCGUGGCCUCUUUACGUUCCCCAAGGGCGAGACGGACGGUGUUUGGUGGCUCAACGUCAGCAACCCCACGGACGAGGAGGUGCGCGGGAUCUGCAGGGCGUUCGGCAUCCACCCCCUCACGGUCGAAGACAUCACGACACAAGAAACACGAGAGAAGAUCGAGCUGUUUCCGUCUUACUACUUUGCUUGCUUCCGCUCCUUCAAUGUGGUACAGGAUGAGCACGGAGACACCGAGUUCGAGCCCUUCUACAUCUAUGUCAUCGUCUUCCGUGAGGGCACUCUGAGCUUCAGCUCCCAGACCAACUCUCAUGCCUCUCGCGUGAGCAGGCGCAUCUCUGCGCUCAAGGACUACGUCGCCCUGAGUAGCGACUGGAUUUGCUAUGCCUUGAUCGACGACAUUGUUGACUGUUUCGCUCCCAUAAUCCGGAGGCUGGAGCACGAUACCGAGUUGAUCGAGGACGAGGUCUUCAUCGCCCGCACCGAUGACAUGCAAAUAUUCCUUCGGAAGAUUGGCAUCAUUCGGAAAAACACAAUGGCCUUGAUGAGAUUACUGGGGGGCAAGGCCGAUGUCCUGAAGGGCUUCACCAAGCGCUGCAACGAAAACUACAAGGUGACGCCGCGCAUGGACAUUGGUCUUUACCUCGGAGACAUCCAGGAUCACGUCGUGACCAUGAUGACGAACCUGGGCCAUUUCGAAAAGAUGCUUUCGCGAUCUCACAGCAACUAUCUGGCCCAGCUCUCCAUCGACAGCAUCACACAGGGCACAAGGACCAACAACACCCUCACCAAGAUCACGUUCCUGGCCUCCAUCAUUGUUCCGCUCAACGUGGUUACCGGCCUUUUCGGCAUGAACGUCCACGUUCCUUUCCAAGAGCUGUCCGAGUCCCUUACCCCCUUCUUCUGCAUUCUUGGCGGCCUUUUGUUCUUUAGUGCUACCUGCCUGUUCACAGCGCGUCGUCUUCGAUAUAUCUGAGAGCAGGGGAGCGGUGGAAUUCAUCAUGUUGCAGGCAUUUAUAGAUGUGUUUUUCUUUGCUCCGAAUAUCCCCUCGUUCUCGUUUCUUUUUGACAUCCACGCUUGUUUACGCUACAUCUCAUUUUGUUUUCCCUUUUUCCAAUUACACAUGGUGUCUGUCUGGUGGUUUCCUUGCAUUUGCCUAGCCACUUGCGUUUUGCUGUGUAUCUUCCCCUUGACUUGGCAUGGUACGUCGGACAUGCCUUAUGUACUUACGCUACUAAAGCCUCGGGUCUGCUUUUGUCUCUCACACAUAGUAAUCCGAUUCUCCUCAUGCUAGCACAGGCCCGGGCGGUAACAAGCGAUGAGCCUCUCUUUAACUGACGCAGCAGAUGAUCUGAUUAUUGAUGAAUAAGUAAUCCUGAGCGUGGUGUCAUGCCCG